CGUUAUACUGAAAAAUUACUGUAGUAAAAAACUGUUAUUUUGGACGCAGUAUUUACAACAUAAUGCAGUUAGACUGCACUUUAACUGCAUUGUACUACAGUUAUACUGCUCUCUGACUGCAGUCUUUUUUCGUAAGGGUGGUAGAAAACUCAGCCUGGUCGUUAGUUAUUUUCUCAUGUUUUGAGCCAGUCCUUAAUUCUAAUCAUUAUAUUAUAAUAAUUAUAAUAAUAAUUAUAAUAAUUGACAUGUAGCUAGCUAGCAGAGGUUCAAUGAUGAUGAGAGACAGGAACGACAAUAAAUAAUGAUCAAUGGGCUUUGUGUUGGAACUGUAGUUUUGAGAAAUGUACUACAUCAAUUUGAUGCAUAUUUCACAUAUUCAUCUAUUUUAUAUAAAAUGUUCAAAGCAUAAAUACAUUCAAAUCAGAAUUUUGGGGGCAACUCAUAUGACCGUAAUUGAUUGAAGAAUGAUCAUCUUGCCUGGUGAGUUGAUGUUUUUUAAAUAUUUUUUUUUAUAUCAAACAACAUUUAACUGUAAUUAAAAUGAUUUGAACCAUUUUGUGUUAAAAAAUGGGGACUUUGAAUACGACGUCAUCGUAAUGGUGAUUAAUGACAUCACAUCCUGCAUAUUUAUUUAUUUAUUUAACCUUUAUUUAUUAUGUAGAAUGUCUCUCCUCUAAGUAGUUCCCCAUAACAAAGCCUCUUGCAAGCUAACGAAUGAGGCUGAGCCUGCCAGAAAUGCAUGUCGAGUAAGAUUUGCCAUACCGCAUAGCAAUGUCAUAGACAAUAAACAGUACGUGUUAGGGAUCUUUCUGUUGCUUGUAAUUUUAGUUUGUAGUACAAUUGACGUUGCGUAAGCUGACAACAACAAGAGCAACCUCGAGUGGCUCAAACACUGGCUAGCCAGCUAGUUAGAUAGCUAACUUUAACGAAAUGUUCACAUAAGAACAUUUCGUUCACUAUUACAUUUAGUUUAGUAUAAUCCGACUCGGUUCUCAUUCUUCAAUUUGAACACAUUUAGCUGAGUUUGCCAAGCAGCUUUUCAGCAUCCUGGUCUACCCCUCUCCUGCUCCUGCUCCUCCUCUCCUAUCUCAUCUUGGUCCUGUGCAGUAUGACAAUGCGUGUGGAUGCCAAAGUAGUUAUGCUUGGGAAGGAGAGUGUAGGUAAGACCAGCCUUGUAGAGAGAUAUGUCCACCAUCGCUUUCUCGUCGGCCCCUACCAGAACACUAUUGGGGCUGCAUUCGUUGCCAAACCAAUCCAGGUGGGAGACAAGGUGGUUACCCUGGGAAUAUGGGACACGGCUGGAUCAGAGCGCUACGAGGCUAUGAGUAGAAUCUACUACAGAGGAGCCAGGGCUGCCAUUGUCUGCUAUGAUUUGACAGACACCAGCAGUUUCCAGCGAGCUAAAUUCUGGGUGAAGGAGGUGCAAAACUGUGAAGAGCACUGCAAGAUAUACCUGUGUGGCACAAAGGUUGACCUGAUUGAGAGUGACCGGGGCCUGCGGCAAGUAGACUACCAUGACGUUCAGGACUUUACUGAUGAGAUUGGGGCUCAGCAUUUUGAAACAUCCAGUAAAACAGGCAACAACGUGGAUGAGCUGUUCCAAAAAGUUGCAGAGGACUUUAAUAGCAUCUCCUUCCAAUUCAUGACCGAAGAGACAGGUAUUGACUUGGGUCAGAAGAAGGACUCUUAUUUCUAUUCCUGCUGCCACAAUUAAACCUUUACUGGUAGACAGCAGUCACUUGCCCUAAAACCAACCUGGAAAUGUUGGAUGGAUGCUAGACAUCCCACCUGGAGCCUGUUAAUUUAAAAUCAGAAAGAAAGAGAGGAGUCCAAGUAGUACUGUGUUUUUUUGAUUGCUUUUUUCAGUUUUGCCAUAGAAGGCUAAAUGCUCACUGCAUUUAAAGGAGUGCUCAUAAUGAUUGGACUUCCCCUCUCUCAGGACAAAAUACCUGCCAAGGGGGAUAUCGGAAUGAAGCAGACAAGGAAAUAGCACUUCAACCCCACUUUUUAAAAAGCCUUGUUUUCCUUAGUGUCUAUCAACUCACCUUAAUGCCGCUACACACUUCAUGCAAACAGAGCAACGGAGCAUCGCAUAUGAUCCAUUCCCAAAUUUUUGCCAAACAAAUAUAUACGUAGAACUAUGUGUGACAACUACUCUGUCGCUGCGUUUAUGAAGUUGGAUAGAGGUGUAUAGGGCCAUUUAGGGACAGUUCAAAGUUUACUGGGGCGGGGGGGGGGUUAGAGUGUCCAACCCGAGGUGUCAGGAAAAAAAAAAAUGUACGACCACAAAUAACAAUAACUGUGUUUAAAAAUGUGGAUAUCGACUUGCCACUUCAGCAUGGUUUUGUGGCACAGUCGAUGCACUACGAUCAGAGCCGGCUGCAGACAAUGCUCAGCUAGCUAGAAAUCUAAUUUCAAUGCACCACACAACCCAUAAGCAAAGCAUACCCAUUUCAGGCGCUUCAAGUUCAUGGUUUGUGUUUUCAACACUACAAUGAAAUAUACUGUCAAUCUCGACAAACAGAAAAUAGGCCUAGAUCCUGCCCUACCUUGCAGGCCUACCCAGUAUCGAAGGCUUGGCUUGGCAGUCUCCAAAUGUCAUUACACGUUUUGGUGUUAAACAUAUGUCUCUUUCCAUUCAUCAAAUGGCUGCUGCACAGUUUGGAUGCUGGAAUUACAUGUAGGACGAACGUGCGCAGGUAGCCUACUUUUGAUUAAAACAUUGUGACUGGUUGUGUUUAUGCCACACAUAAAAUUCAAUAAAUUUUAAGAAGUUAAAUGACAAAUAUUUAGGCUACAUUGAAGCGUUAGGUUCUAGGUGCGUGAGAAAUAGCCGCUGGGAUGGAUCUCUUGAGGCAGAGCACACGUUAAGCUUUCCUGAAUAAUGGCCUGCUGGGAGCAUAUGUGGCCACAUUUUUAUUAUAGAAUGACUUGGGAGAAUGAUGAUCCGCAACAGACAAUGCAUAUCAGUAUCAGAACUUAAAAUACAGCCAAACUGGCCUGCUACUCUGCCUUUCUAUACCUUAUUAACAGGCGAGUAGACCCACAAGUGAUCCAAAUGGAAUGAAACAUUCAAAUCACAGGGCUUUUGCACCAUUAUUUAAAUAACAUUUUCACUGCAGUUUAUAGCCUAGAGUUGAAUUUUGUACUUGAAAACAAUAAUGUAAUAUCUCAUUGCAUUGUGGUGUUAUAGGCUAGUCUAUGUAGGAUAAUUGAAACAUAAUUGUCCCAGAACCAGAUGACUAGGGGAACUUUUUGAGUUGCGUGUCUCAUUUCUUCACAGUUCUUUCAUGCGCAAUGACCCACCUGGCCUCUGCUGAUAGUGAAAAUUGGUGCAACUUUGAAUGAUUUUAUCUGUGGUAUGAUGCUACUUAGGCUAUUGUAGAUCUGGACAAAUGAUCCACCUAGCGCUAUUGUCACUAUGAAUGGUGGAUAGAAGGCAGGAUAGACUGGUAUACUAUACUGACCUGUGGUAUAGUAAAAGGUAACUCACGGAAAAGCAUAGUGCAUAAGAGAAGUACCAAAGCAACUUGAUAUAAGGGAGGCGCAUGCAAGCGGAUGAGGACAUUUGUCUAGGAUGGAAGAAAUUAUAUAGUAAAACCUGCAAAGGGACAAAUGUAAACCAGGGAAACAACACACUACCCUCCCCUGUGCCCAAUAAAAACAACCCUCCCAAAAGCAAAAAUAAAGAAAGAAAAACGUUAGACGACACCCCUAUUUUGGACCACCCCACCCCAGUAAAUCUCAAACUUUCCCUUAUAUAAUUAUGCCAAUGACAUGUAUAGCUUUUAUCCCAUAAUCAAAUGCCUUGAGUGAGUGUGCUUUUUAUGUACUUGAUUUCAAUGACCAUUCUGUGGGUUUUGGGGCUUUAAACUAUAGACUAUUUUCAUUGUCUACUCUAGGUUGCAAUGGACUUGCCACACUAUGUACCUGCACAUUUAUUGUCAUGUAACAUAUAUUUUUCUGUUGUCAUAAGCUCUCAUACAGUUGAACGUAUAUGGAAUGCACCAACACAGGAAAAAGUUUAUGGGUAAAUGUUGUUAUAAGAGAGUUACGUCGCCAUGGCUAAAAGUACUAGAUAAUGCCAUUGCAAAAUGAAACCCUAUAUACAGACAGCUAUGUGUAGCUAAUGUAUUUAAUAUCCAGCAAGUCACUAACUUAAUGUUUUACAGACACCUCAUCAAACCGUGGCUGACCAUUGUCGUUACUUCACACACAAUGGGAAGUUUAAACGUUCUGUGAAUGUAUUGUUAAUGUUUACACUUUGAGACACCUUUGACCUUUUGAGACAGUCUAGCUAAUGGCUGAUUUUUACUAGAUUUUACCAAUGUGUGUUCAAAUUAGCUUAGUUAGAACUACUAUUGAAUUUGAGUGCAAAGAUAAAUGAGAGGAAAUACUGAAACCUCACUGAGGUUUUUUCUCAGUCCCACUGAAGUUGUGCAUGUAGGAGACUAGUAGUAAGCAGCAGCAAUGGGCCCACAGGCUGGUUUUCCCUUGAGUAAUGAAUCACAUAUCCAUCAUUAGCGGUGUAUAGCAGACUCCAUUAUUGUUUACAUACACAGCAUCUUCUAUGUUGUCAGUCCCCAAGGGCGCAGACCUGGUGCCUGAGAAAGAGGGAUAGUUCACAUAUUUCAUUUUCUGAAUGGUUUACAGGACUCUUAUUAGAAGGUGCAAUGUGUACAAGCAUGAAGCCAGAGGUUGUUUGCAGUCCCACAUGUGUUUGAGGCCUUGUAGAUAACAUGCAUAUAUUUCCAACACUACAGGUCCACAGAGUCUGCUGAUAUGAUCAUUCAUUGUGUGGACUCCAGUGACUGUGUUUUCUAGCAUGUUGUAAAUUGGGAAAAUAAAGAUUCCAUUUCUGCAA